CUACAUACUGAUCUCUCAGAGUUAAAGUAUUCUGUGUUAUUGAUGAACAUUGUAAUUAUAACGCCACUAAUAAAAAUAUAAUUUAAAUGUUAUAAAUAAAAUACUAUCAAGUAUUUUAUAACUCGCUUACUAUGGCUGAAAACAAGUCAAUUUUGCACGAGCUAUAUGUGUUUUCGGAAUGGAAACCAGAACCAGAAUAUUUGCAAAAACCAGAUAACUUAUUGCCGGAAAAUAUAUCGAGUCUUUGGCGCUGGUUAAAAUUUUUUGGACCAAAGAAAAGUUUGAUUGAUAGUGUAACUGCGCAUAACGAAAGACAGCAGAAAUGGCAAAUAGCUUUAGGCGAUGAAGGAAAAGUUAUUGCAGUUCUAACAGACAGUAUAUUAGAAAUUAGAACGAAGAGAUCAGAAUAUGCGACAAUUGCAGCACGAACUACAGUUGCCCGGGAUGCUUAUGCACAAUGGCGUAAAGUAGUAUGGAGCCCUGACUGUUCAUUUUUAGUGGUAGCUUAUGGUAAUGGAGUAGUCAGUUUCUUUGAUCUUACCGCAUCAAAUCUUUUUAAUAUACCAGCAGAUUGUUCGAGACCAGGUGGUUUGGAAUGUACGGAUAACACACAUGCUGUUUCAGACAUUAUAUUUAUGCCACUUAGAGUUAAAGAUACAAAAUGGAACUGGGAAGUGUUGGUGGUGACGUACGACGGCAAGCUGCGCGGAUACCUCGUGUCGCAGACGGACGGGUACAAGCUGCACCACGUGUUCCAGUUCUCGGGCGGCGUGGCGGCGGCGGUGUACUGCGAGCCGCACAACUCGCUCUACGUGGCCGGACUGCCGCGCCCCGCGCGCGAGCAGGAGCUCGAGUCCGCGGCGGGCGCCGGGCUCACGGCGUGGCGCGUGCUCAACGACGAGCCCUUCUACAAGCUGUCCGUGGUGUCCGACGAGCUGGAGGCGCGACUCGUCAACGAGCGCUUCCAGCUGUACUGGCCGCUCGUCUUCAACAAAAACCUGGACUUCAUCGUGCGCAUGUCGGCGUCGCCCGGGCGCGGGCGGCUGGUGUGCGUGCACUGCUCGGGCGCCGUGUCGGUGUGGAGCGCGCCGGCGCUGCGGGCGGAGCGGCGCUUCGAGCUGGCGGAGCAGCCGCAGCACGCGCUGGCGAGCCCGCUGGCAGCGCCGCCGGCCGCGCCGCCCGCGCCGUGCCGGCCCGCGCACGUGGCGUGGUGGAGCGACGAGGAAAUAAUAGUAUCACGGUUCAACGGGUCGGUGACGGUGUGCGAGCUGCUGGAGUUAAAUAAUAUUCUUGGCAAAAAGCCUGAAUUCUUCCAAGGAACACCGCAGAUCACAUGUGCACACGAUGGUGUUUUCAUGGUGUUGGAGUGCGAAUCAAACGUCAUGCCUGCUAAAAGAUCUCGCAGUGAUGAGUCCAUGGAGGUGGUGACAGCGGACGAGGAAGUCGACGAUUCGAUGUUGGAACUCGCGAAGGAGUUAGUCAAGUCUGUGUUGUACGCUAUCACAGACAUUGAAACAUUCCAGCCCAAGCCAAAGAAGAUAACCGUUGUUUCGAGAAUUUACAGGCUUCUGGGGGUCAAGAGUACGACACCCAUGGAACUGUUCUCUAGAAAAAUUGAAAGUGGCAACUACACGGAGGCACUCUCUCUGGCGGAGACCUUCAAUUUGGACAGCGACCUAGUGUACCAGCAGCAGUGGAGGAAAAAUCCUGUGUCCACUGACGCGAUACACAACUAUUUGAGCAAGGUGCGCAAGAAGAUUUGGGCGGUGCACCAGUGCGUGGACCGGCUGCCGGAGUCGCUGCAGGCCGCCAACGACUUGCUGCAUUUCGGCCUACAGCUCACCAACCAGAAGAUACUGGAAGAGAUAAACAAAGACUUGCCGGAGGAGCAGUGGGUGGACACGGCCGGCGUGACGCUGGAGGCGCUGAACGCCUACACCAGCGAGCUGCUGCGCUGUCGGCACGUCAUGCUGUUCUACAAGGAGCGACUCGCGCUCUACGAGGCUAUUCUUCGUUGCGAGAAAUCAACAUAUGUAAAGGACGAAUACGACCGACUCAGAAGUAAUAGUAUAGUGCAUAGUGCCAUGGAAAUCGCAAAAGAAGGACGCAUAGAAGCGCUGACUUGUCUAUGGCCGUACAUAAAAAGUUUAGACAUGCAAUUGGCCGUCCUGGAUAAGAUACCGGAGACCCUCUCUCCGCUGACUUAUCAACAUCUCCUGCCCACCGACGAAUCAACCGAAUGGUUCGAGAAAAAAUCUCCCAUAAAGAUAAAGCCGGUCGAGCACGAAAACGACUGGUGCAGAAACGAGAUAUUUAGACCGAUAUGGAGCUCCAACUGGUCGGAGGAGGCGGCGGCGGAGGGCGCGGCGGGCGAGCUGGCGCCGUGGCUGGAGCGGCGCGCGCGCGCCAUCGAGCGGCGCAGCGGGCUGGCGUCGCACGCGCUGCAGCUGCUGCGCGCCCGCGCGGACGAGCCGUCUCUGCAGCGCGUGCUGUUCCUGCUGCGCACGCUGGACACGCUGCUCUACGACCUCAACGUCGAGGGCGUCUCGCUCGACGACCUCGAGACCAUGUCCAAUCUCGACAUCUGCAAGCUUCUCAUGAAGAAGUCGACCCGGGCGACAUUUAUCGCGGAUUUGAAGCAGUUCCUGGUACCCUUCAUGCGGCGAUACGAGGAACUAACCGGAUCUUCGGGUGCUUGUCUCUCGGGUAUAAUGGAAUAUCUCGAGGACAUCAGUAAAGAGGAUCUCUCGUACAUAUUACUAGUUCUACAAUCUCCCAAAGACUUUCCGCUGGAAGUGAAGGUACACUUGGAGUUGGUGGAGCGCUGCCUAUUCGCGCACACCGGCACCGAGCAGCUGGACAUGGCGUGCGACCUGCUGGCCACCAUCCUCAAGGAGACCGACGGCAGCAUCUCGGCCGCGGCGCUGGUGCGGCGCUGCGCGGAGCUGGAGCGGCUGGUGGCGGGCAGCGGGCGGCUGGCGUGGCGCGGCGUGCGCGUGCCGCCCUGCGCGCUGCGCGGCCUCAACCGCGACGAGCAGCACGCGCGGCUGCUGCUCGCCCGCGUGGCGCGCGGCCUGGCCGCCGGCGAGGAAAAACCGACGCAACAGGACUGGGAAAGUCUUCUCAAGGACAUGCUAGAGCUCCAAGCUACUCUUUUCGAUUGCGUCACGAAGGAACAGUGCUACGAGAUCUACGCGUCUUCUCUACUGACGUCGGGCGACGCCGCCAGCAUCCGUCUGUCGGCCACCGUGCUCACCGUGUCGCCGGUGGCGCCCCCCGCCCUCCCCGCACAGCCCGCACAGGCCGGCCAGCCCGCGCACGCCGCACAGCCCGCCAGUUACAGGAUAGACUACAAGCGCAGCGUCGAACUAGUUUUGAGCGCUGCCAGGGAGUACUUCAACUCUGCCUCGUCUCUCACUGAUCCAGCCUUGGAGACAGCUAGGUGCUGCCUGCUCUUGAUCGAAGAUGGAAAUAAGGAAAUAGAACAAGAAUUAGAUCUAAUAUCCGCCCUUCCCAUUCUGAGCGCCUUCAAAUUGACCGUACUGCCCAUUCAAGUUCGCCUGUGCGAAGAUAAGAUGAAACUGAUAGAAGAUUGCCUGAAGUCCGACCCGAACGCGUAUCUAGCGAGCCACAAGCUGCUCAAACUGGCGAAGCUGCUCAGGAUCGCCGGUGACGACGAGCAGAACAGGGAGGGCGCGGUGCUGAUGGCGGUGGGCGCGCGCGCGCUGGCGGCGGGCGCGGCGGGCGGCGGCGCGGCGGGCGCGGCGGCGGGCGCGGCGGCGCGGCGGCUGGCGGCGCUGCGCCACGCGCCCGCCGCCGCGCUGCUGGCGCGCACGGCCCGCCACGCGCACGCGCACGCCGACGCGCCCGAGCGCAGCCGCCUGCUGGCCGCCGCGCUGGCGCACGCGCCGCCCGCCGCGCUGCAGGACAUCAUCCGCGCCAGGCUAAACCUGGAGUUGGAGAGUUUGCGACGGAUGGGCGAGGCGUUGACGGAUAGCCGUCGUCUCGACGCGCGCUGGCCGUCCACCGAGGACGAGUUCGCGGAUGCUAUCACUACGCCAGUCAUAGAAAAGAAAGAUUUACUGUCGCCCAUACAGUCCGAGAAAAAAGUCCCGAUACUCGACUUCCUGUUAGACACAGUUCAGAAUAAGUUCAAUUCAAGCGGCAAAUCGGUAUCAUCGGCAUCGGAAACGACGGAGCGCACCGUCCACUGUCCAGAGUUCUAUCGCUCGCUGUACCCGGAACACGACGUCUCCAGCGGCUACUACUGCUACGACCGAUUCUCCAUCCCGGACGACCUCGACGGGGACUCGAGCGUCGGGCAGGCGGUGCUCAAGUGGUUCUACAUACAGAACACGCUGGAGGAGGGCGCGAAGGGCGAGCUGGAGUCCGACGUGACGCGGAUGUGCGCGGAGGAGCUGCUGCACCGGGACACGGCGCUGGGCGUGGGCGCGGCGCUGCGCGUGCGCGGCGGCCUGCGCGCGCCGCCCGGCCGCGCCGCCGCCUGCGCCGCGCUGUACGCCGCGCUCGUGGCCGCCAACGCGCCCGCGCUGCGCGACCACGCCUACCUGGCCGCGCCGCCGCAGUUGGCUCAUAUAACGUUGAAACAAAAAAAAGGAACCGAGGAACAAAUGGAGAUCAUUCGACAAUAUAUCGAUAAGCUGAGCGGAAUGGGUGAGGUAGAGAAGAUCCGGUCACUGGGACUCUCCGUCAACGGCCUACUGUUCAAUGCGGACAAGGACUACCGGCAGGAGGUCAUCUAUCGCCUUGCCAAGACGGGCGGCGCCGAGCAGGUGCGGCUGUCGUGCGCGCUGGCCGACAAGUACGGGCUGGACGCGCUGGACGUGUGGCUGAGCGCCGCGCGCGCCGCGCCCGCGCGCGUGCCGCCCGCCGCGCCGCGCGCGCCCCGCGCCGCCCAGCGGAUUCGGGACGAACUAUGGCCAGUGAUCCAGGGCACCGACUCCGGCGCCCUGCUCAACUUCUUCGCGGCGCUGAAGAAUAUCGAUGACAAGACGCCGAUAUCCGGACUCACCGCCGUCGAACAUAUCAAACUCCUGAAGAAGGCCAAAGCCGCCUCGCAAGAUUUAGAUUACAAGUUGCUGCUGAACCAGCCCUCAGCGGAUCAGUUUACGGAACAUAUUCUAAGCAUAAUAAAGCCAGAGAACGUUGGCAUGCUGAUGAAGUUUCUGCGCACCCUGCCGCCGGCCUUCAAACUGCCACUGUCUGUAAACUCGCUCUUCACGAUGUGGCUCACCAAGUACUUCUUCAGCGUGGGGGCUUCUGGCGCCAGCAAGAAGUGGAUGCAGCAGUGGCGCCAGUGCGCCAGCUACUUCACCAAACUGCCCAAGGACGAGCUGCUGCAGUUCGUAGCGGCCACUUGCUUCACGAGCGAGGCGCUGCUGCGAGUGCCGCCGGGUACGCGUAACCUCAUGAUAAUGCAAGCUGUAGACUACUGCCAACAAGAACAAGAAAAUGAUUUCAAAAUUAGUAAAACCGAACAGUCUUGGGCGCAGGUGGGUCAGGAGCUGAGCCGCUGGGGGCGAUUCCUGGAGAACUACCACUCAGACAGCGUGCAGGCAAUCGUCGCCGCCAGCGAGCUGCCGCGUGAUCAAGUUUGGCCCGAUCUAGAAAUGAGUCACGGCGACACGGAGAAGGUGGUCGACGCACUGGCUCAGCUCGUGCUGCGCGGCGGGCUGCGCCCCGCACAUCUCAGCUCGCUGCUGCAGCUGCUGCGGGUGCCGGCCGAGACGCAGCACGUGUUCCAGCGGCUGCUGGACUCCUGCGAAGAUGAUGUGGACGCGAUGGCGGCGCUGGCGGCGCGCGUGGCGCAGUGGGCGCGCGCGGGCGCGGCGCUGCCGGAGCGAGCGGUGGCGCGCGCGGCGCAGCAGGCGGCGCGCCUCGGCCUGCCGCCGCAGCAGCAGCUGGGCCUGCUGGCGCUGGCCCGCGCCGCGCCCGCCGCCGACCUGCGCCAGCUGGCGCACUCCACGCUGCAGCUGUUCCGCGCCGAGUGGCCCCCGCACGCCUGCGCGAGCCUCACCGAGGAGAGUUUGUUGACGCCGGAGGGUCGAUACGAAGCCUACAACGAAUUAGUGAAUUUGUGCGACAGCUGGCAGCGCAAGAAGGCGAUGGUCGACGUACUCGCGUGCUGGCCGCCUACGCACAGCGAUGGUCGCAGCCUGCACUGCGACUACUUGUACAGACUGCUGUCUCAGAGCGCGGAUGUGAAGGAGAGCUUGGUGCUUAUUAAGCUGUUGUUGACACGACCCGUGCUUGUAGACGAGGAAAUUAAGUGGCUGACUGAAAACGCAGGAAGCAAGUCACUCAUUAAUACAAUUUGGGUGCUGUUACUUAGCAAGUGUGAAACUUCUGAAGAUCUCUUGCGCAAUUUAGUCUUAGAGCACAAGGAAUCGAUCAAAAAAGAAGAAAUUGAAGAUGAUUUGAUUAAAGAGAUAUUGGAUCAGGGAAUGUUUAUUAAAUUGGUGUCUACUCCGUUGUACUCGUCCAUUAUUAACUACAUAAUGAACGCUGAAGUCAGUGGUGUGGAUACAUCAAACCCUUACACUAUCCAGUGGGCGACCACCGAACUUAUGACGGCCAAUUAUUUAGCUGAGGCCGGACAUCUGCAACUUUUAUCAAUCGGUGUUCCGUCUGUGCUUCGUGGGUUCUCCGAAGCAGUAAUAUAUUGCAACAUGCGUUAA